CGUACCCGAGUCUUUCGUCUCCUCGAUAUAUCAGCGCUCUCUGUGCCCUCACCGCCACGGGGUGGGGAGGCAGCACUCUCCCGGAUACGGGAGACAAGUGUCGCCGAAGCAGGCCCACGCGGCGCCGCUGGACGAAGGCGCGCCCCUCAUGGAGCGCCAGGUGUCCGCCUCCUCCCUCGACCGCGACCGCGCGGCGCGGCCCCGGGCGCGGACUCACAGUUCCCAGGACGCCCCCGACGAGCGGCCCCCGCCGCCCGGCGAGGCAUCCGUGGGCGACGCGCCGUGCGGCGCAGCGGCGCCUGCUGGCGCGGAAGCGGAGGACUCCGGCCCCCUCCGCGAGGUGCCGGCGCCGCCCCCGGGCGAGGCGGCACAGGCCGCCGCGCGCGGGGGCGCCGCCGUGGCCCCCGAGGAGGAGCCAGAGGAGGUGCCUCCGGAGGAGGAGGACGCCUUCCGGAGGCAGGCCUUCCGUGCGGUCGUCCAGGAUGAUGAGGACUCUCUGGAGCAGCUGAUGGGGCGCGUCCCAUCUUCGCAAUGGAGAAGGUGGGAGAACAAGGCAGGCAAGGAUUUGCUCACGUUGUCACAGGAGCGCAGAUCCACGAGCGCCUACGGCAUGCUCGCGAAGGCG